AUGACUAACCCGGAAAGCCAAGAAAUGCUUCGUAUCGGAGUGGUCUUAUUCCCAGGCUUCCAGGCCCUGGAUGUAUUCGGCCCUGUCGACUGCAUAAACGUGCUCUCUAAUACAGAAAACAUUUCUCUAGCCAUGCUAUCAACAACGCUAGACCCAGUCACCACAAAGCCGGCCAACAUCCCCAAACGGGUCGGCCAAUCCGUCGUGCCCACACAUACUUUCGCAACCGCCCCGCCUCUGGACGUGCUCCUUGUUCCAGGCGGCCAUGGCACACGCGGCUCCGGACCCAUAGUCCAAGCAUGCAUCAAUUUUAUCCGGGAGACGUACCCAAGCCUCAAGUAUCUGAUCACUGUGUGCACGGGCUCCGGGCUUGCCGCGCGGGCCGGCGUGUUGGACGGUAAGCGCGCGACGACAAACAAAGCAGGGUGGCACGAGAUUGUUGCGAUGGGCCCACAGGUGCAGUGGAUUCCCCAUGCGCGGUGGGUCACAGAUGGGAAUGUCUGGACCUCGUCUGGGGUUAGUGCUGGGAUCGAUGUCACACUCGCAUGGAUUGAAAAGGUUUAUGGCAAAGCGAAGGCAAAGCAUCUUUCUGAACAAAUUGAGUAUACGCGGCACGAGGACUCGAAUGUAGAUCCUUUCGCUCAGAUAUACGGGCUGUGA